UGCGCAUGUUUCCCCCAUCUGCAGCCUGCCCCUAUGAGCGCCGCUUCGCUGGCAGGUCCCUCGACCGACAAGGCCCCAAAUCUUCUCUCGUAUCCAAAGACACUGGUCCAAACGCUUGAGCAUCAGGGCGCCGUCAACGUAGUCAAAUACAAUCAUGGGGCAAAGUAUCUUCUCACGGGGUCAGCGGACAGGACUAUUCGGCUGUGGAACCCAGCUUUAGGCAAGGAAAUCAAGUGCUACCGGGGCCAUGCCCAGCCGGUGCUCGCCUUGGAUAUUGCUCAGGACAAUGCCAAGUUUGCGUCUUCAGGUGUGGACAAGGCGGUCUUUCUAUGGGACGUCCCAUCAGGUGCUGUGACCCGGCGAUUACAGGGACACUUUGGUCACAUCAAUGCCGUUGCUUUCAGUCAAGAUGGUCAGGUUCUCGCGAGUGCUGGAUUCGACGCCAAAGUCAUGCUGUGGGACAUGCGUGCCGCCUCUCGAGACCCCCUUCAAACACUCAAAGAAGCCACUUCCACCAUCACCUCCCUCAUCCUCCCCACUUCUCCGCAGGUGAUCACUGGCUCGGCAGACGGUUUCAUGAGGACUUAUGAUCUGCGAUUCGGUCUAUUGACGGAGGACCUCAUCGGAACGCCUAUAUCGUCUCUGAAAUUAUCGCCAACGGCCCCGGAAGAAAGCGUCUUGGUCGGCACGAACGACGGAAAGAUGAGAGUCUUUGACAGGAAGGAUGGGGGGUGCCUGCAGAUGUUUGAAGGGCACAAUGUAGGGGAAAAAACAGGCAAAUGGGGUACAGAAUGGGGCUACGGCGAUGGGCUGGUACUCGCAGGCGACGCAGAUGGAAAGCUGUGGGCGUACAACGUUCUUGAUGCCAAACCCAUUGAAUCAAGCCCUACACCAAUACAUAAAAAGACUAUCACCAAUAUUCAACUACAUCCCAAGGGGAAGGAGAUGAUCACAGCGUCUGCGGACGGCACUGUCAAGGUGUGGGGUCGCUGAAUUAGUAUAUCUUGUUGUAACAGUAUGCCACACAUAUCAAUAUCCAAGCUAUGGAAACCAGGAGGCUUGCACCAGCACGAUAAAUCGAGUAUAGGGCACAUUGACAGAGCGGGCGUAUCAGCCCCAGGCGGUUGUGUUUGAACGAAGGUUCCAUUUGAGCGUGAAGUGUGACUAUACUCUUCCCGUUCGAUUAGCAUGGACAAUUUCCUAUGACAUAGACAUGUUUGGCGAUCUGCAGGCAAUGGAUAUAGCAAUCUCGUGAGAAGUCAGUGACUCUGCGUGAUGUCCGAUGAACUGGUGGAUCCGAGAUUGACUUGACGAUGGGAGGAUAUUUUGGCCAGCUUUUCCGGCGCGCGGGAGUCUUGAUGCGCGCUGUUGAUAGACUGGAGAAGCUAAGCUUGUAAAUGAUUUUAACAUGGUGAUUCUGUCCGAAAGGGCGCUGGAGAAAAUGAAGCCAAAGAGCACACCCAAGUCAGUUGAGCGAUUUCUGGUCGCAGAUAGCAACAACUCUGCGAGACCUGUGCAAUUGACCGAGGCGAAGCCAUAACGCGAUGCUGACCAUUGCACACUUUGGUUCGCUUCACUCGUGACUCGUGACCCGUUAACCUCUUCCUUCCAUCCUCUCAGCUCCCAAUGCCACCUGCUGCCACAAUCCAGAGUCUGUUUUGCCUGAUGUGCUGCAUCUCCCGAAAUGAUACAUCACAUUCGUAUCA